CUGGGACGAGAGCCAGAAGAGUGCUCCCAAGGAAGAGAUGAGUCGGCUUGACUCCUCAACUCCUCCUCAUGAGAGGUAUGCAACAACUGCAUUGGACUUUACAAUGUGUUUAUUUAUAGACUUCAUCCAAGAGCAUCAACAGCUAUGGAACAGUCCUCUAGUUCUCAAUAUGUUGAGAUCGGCAAGAACAUUGUCCGGAAUGUUAUUAAUAAUCAAAUAGACUCUUUACCAAGCAGCAGUGACCAAGUAUUUGGUAUCAAAGCACAAAAUUCUGAUGACCCUAAAGCAGUAGUCCCUCUUCCGAAUGUCCAAGAAUUUCCUCAAGCUCAUGAAACCAUCCCAGAAAUGGUUGAGAGCCCAAAAGAAGGAAAUAUUUUAAAUGGCUCAAGCAUCAUGACUGAAGAAGUAGGCUCUCAGAAAGAGAAGUCAGUCAUAUCAGAUGUUAAAAGUCAGAAGAUAGUCAUAGGCCCAGGCAAUGAGGUUAAAUUUGAGAAUUUUAAGAGCCAAAGAAGUUCACAACUUGCAAAGAGACCAAGAGCUAAUAAAUCAAACAAGCCUAUGAACAGAUCCCUAGCUAAAAUGUCUUACAAUAUCUCAAACGAUUUUUCAUCUAUUAAUAUGUACAACUCUGGCAAAAGAGCAGACUCGAGAAAAUAUUCGUUACCGGAUAUAAAGCGUCAUUUUCCUCGAAAAGCUCCCUCACACAAAAGUUACAAGUCUUCCAAGAAGAGCAAAAACAAGCUAAACUCUUCAAGCAUUAGCAAUGGAAAGGGUCAAAAUAAAGGAAACCAAGAGAUUGGGCAAUCUUUCAUGUCAUUUAAUGCCAAUAACUCCUCCAAUAGAAACCAACACGCUCAUGCACAAUACAAACAGUCUUUUGGAAAUCCUGCUCUCCAACCUUCAAAUGUCAGGGAGUCAUUCGAUUCUCAGACAACUGAAGGGAAGAAAGAUGCUGAAGAGGAUGAGGUCCAAAGAGGUCAAAAUUCUAUUAAUAACGAGGCUCAUCAAGAGUAUAACGAUAAUCCUUCUCAUGCCUCUAUUCCUAAUACAGCUACAAUCGGAGAAAAUUCUUUGCCAGAUAUUGAUAACUCAGUUGUUGAUGAGACCCUCCCAUUCAAAGGCUUGGACAACCAUUAUAAUAUGAUCAGCAAGGAAGGAUAUAGUGGUGCCAACAACACUCAUCAAAUGCAAAAGACUAAUGAAAAUUUUUACUCAAGCUUCAAGUCAAAAGUGGCCAAUUCAAAUCCUCUCCAGCACAAAGAAAGCAGUUAUAAUCAUCUAAGCUCAUUCGGGAAUGACCAAUCAGAAAAUAACGGUUAUGACAGCAGCGAUAUUGAGCGUGAAAUUGGUAAUAGAGCAUCUACCAAGCAAGUAAAUAUGUAUAAUGUAAUGCGAUCAUCCAAGAAUGCCCAAAAUAGUCGCUCUAAUGCUCACCGGAAUGCUAAAUUCCGCAACAAAUAUAGCCGCUCUAAGAAUAAUUCCUCAGAAGUCAAGAACUCUAUGAAAGCUGAUAUGGCCAAUGUCUUACCUAAAAUCUCAAACACUGGGAAAAUAGUCUCUAGAAAAAUGGCUGGAAUGGGCAAUGAAAUAUCGAGAAGGAGCAAGGGUAGUAACCACUAUGACCAAAACCGCGGACACCUUAGCUAUGAUGACGUGUAUGAAAAUAUCAGAGGCCUAAAGAAAAAUAAUCAUAGCUCUGAAAAGUCUCAUGAAAGCUCACUAAGUCGUCAUUCAGGGAUCAUCAACUACCGAAUGGCCACAGGGAUUUCACAACCAAACAGAAAAAUAAAGUACCCUAAGCAGAGUGAUGUCAUUGCUCCAUGGAAGAUCAACAAGAAGAACAGUGUUCUGCAGAAAAGUUCUGAACACUACGCUGACCGUAGGAGCUAUAAUGCUAGCUCAAAUAAAAAUUCAAAAUAUGAUGUUGAAGUAAAAGUAGCAGUUGCAUCAAAGAAUCACAACUUGAAAAUUCCAAAGGUUUCUAACAAAAAUGGGCUGAUAAGUAGCUCAGACACUCAGAGUGUUGAAAACAAGAGGGAGUCUCUUACGAACCAGACUACCAUCAAAAGGAUCAAUAAGAACAGAGGGCCUGAUGGGUAUAAUAAGACUCCAAAUUUCAUCAAUCCAAAUGAGAGCAUGAAGACAGUUAAAAAGCCCAAACCUCGACAAAAAGUGAAGCAGAAAUCAGUCACAAAUUCGACCCUAAUAGACUACAAUGACAGUUCUAUUCUUGAAAAACACACUAUAAACCUUGACAGCGAUACUGAAUUUCUUGAGAAUAAGAGCCAAGUCCCUACAGAAUCACAAUAUGUCCAAAACCAGCAAACUAUAAACUACGAAGACAGUGGCCUGGUCGAAGGCGGAAAUCAUACUAACAAAGAGGAGAACAAAAGUUCUCAGAAAGUAGACUCGGAUAAACCUCCCCAUUUCAACGAUGAAAAUGAUGAGAAAAACCUAGCCACCUUCAGGGAGAAACAAAAAUCUCAGUCAGACAUCCAUUAUGGGGAUGUAGACCUUGAGGAAAUGGAUGGUGACAGAGAAGCCAAAACUGCUCUGGAAAGAUCGAGGAAGUUUAAUACUAUAAAUGCUGUCCGUGAAGGAGAUAAUUACAAGAAUGAUAGGACAUUACAACUCCAGCUUAAGCAACUUAAUAUUUCUGUCUCUGAACGAGAUCGACUAAAUGAUGAAAUUUAUUUGAAUACUAAUUCUGCAGAAGAGAACCCUGAAGGGGUUCAUGUACCAAUAGAAGACAGUAGAAGUAUCACUAAGCGUACACUUGAACUCAAUACUCAUACUUCUGAAAGUAUUGUAGAAGGAGAAUCCGGAUUCUCUGUAAAAGAAGAAAUUGAGUAUUCAGACAAAAAUCUUCAGAUUAGUUCUGAACAUUCUCCUACUAGGAACAAAAAUUUGCAAAUAAGUCAGAAAGCCUCUCCAUUACAUGACCAAAAUAUCCAAACUACAGCUAAAAGUGGCAUUAUGGGGUCAAAGUCUCCUAAUUCAUUCCCGAAAAAUCGAAAGUUUACAAGUCAAAAUGAGUACAUUAACAAUGAAAAAUCAAGGCUCCAACUGAGUAAUGGGAGAAGAGAAAAGGCUCAAAGCUCAAAGGACAAAAAAGAAAGUCUCAAGGGAAAUCUAAAGAGUUCUCAGAAAUCUGAAGCAAGAUAUGGCAAAAAUAGACCUUUUGAGUAUAAUCAAAAUAAUUCUCAUCAGAGAAAUUCAGGCAUUCCAGUCCAGAACAGUCAAGAGAAGAAGCUGCCUGAUAGGGUUACUCACACUCGGACAGAUGUCAGGCCUAGGGAUGAUAACUAUUCAAUCCCAGAAUUUAGAGGAUUUGACAAUAAAUCUGUAGAGUAUUACCCACAUGCAGCUCCUCAGGUCCAAGAUAAAGGGGUGCAGCCUAGUACAAAAGGAAAAUCAGAAGGCGUUCAAUUUGAUCUCAGUGAAAAGCCCUCUGCUACUCAAAUCGUUGCUCCACAAAAUGUCUCUGAGGUAGUCCAGUUUGACCCAGAUGCGAAAUCACAAGGUAUUCAAAUGACUCCACACUACAAUGCUUCUGAAGGCAUUCAAUUCGAAAUGGAUAACAAAUCACAAGGAAUUCAGAUGACCUCAAACCACGGGAUUUCUGAAGCAAAUCAGUAUAACUUUGAUGAUAAAAAGUCUCAAGGAAUUCAACAUGUGCCUGAGAGGAAGAAAUCUCAAGGCCUACAAAUAUACCCUGACCGGACAAAAUCAGAAGGAAUCCAGAUGACCAAUAUUGGUGGAGUCUCUGAAGGAAACCAAGUAGGGUCUUCAAUAAAUACCCCUGUUUCUUACAUCUCAGUUGGUAACAAAGGCUAUCAAUUUGAUGUUGAUAAUUAUAAUAAGUCGAUACAAGCCGAUACACAUCCUCUAAAAGACAUGGAUAUUCAGUGAGAUCUCUCAGAGAAUGACAAGGGAAUCCAAGCUGACCCUGAAUAUGUUUCGAGAGGUCAAUCAGCAGGAAGUGACUCUUUACUAAAUCCUCUAAUGGAGAAAGAACUUGAAAUAGUUGAUAACGCUAGCAAAAUUUCCCAUGACUCUAACCUGAUUGACUUCAGCUGUCAAUUCUCCUACCAUACGAUCGAAUCUACAGAAGGUGAAGCAAUGAAAGGUAUUACUACCAUUUUAUUUAUAGAACUAGAGCCUGAGUCUGAAGAGACCGAAGAGAGGACUUUUACACCAGAUUAUCCCGAAAGCCUAAGCUCUCAUCCUGAACAGCUCUCUUCCUCAGAGAAUGAGAAAAUGAGUGCUUACAGAUCUCCUCCUGAUUUGAACGAUAUCAAAGACGAUAUCAAAAAGAGCAAAAAGGAAAGAACAGGCAGCUUCACUCAUAACAAAAAAGAGCAAGAUAAACAACGUAAUAUGGUGUUACUUGACAAACCCUAUGUUCCUAAAGGAAUAAAGCACAAGAAAGAGAAGUCUGAAAAUCCUUCUGAAGAAAGUGGAUCCUACAUGGAAGAGAGAUAUUACAAACGAAAACCUAGUGAGGACUCUCAAAAAGAUGAUGGCAACUCUACUUAUGCUAAAACUGGCUCAAAAGGGAGGGAUAGCAAGAGGAAAAACCCUAAUUUUGUUCAAAACCCUCAUCGUAUCAAAGAGCUAGAAAAAUUAGACCCAGAAGCAACAAGGUUAAAGAAUAACAAGAGCAAAAAUGAGCCCAAAAAGAAGAACUUAAUUCCAGUUAAUACAUUCCUAAGCGGGCAAUCCCUUGAUAGUUACCCUGUACGUUUGGAGGGAAGUCAGCCGACACCUAGAUCUGAGGAAAAUAAAGCAUUUUCAGAGUUUGAAACCCCUUCAGAAGUCGAGCAACUGUACAAGGAUAUUUUUAAAGAUCUUCCUCAAGACACUGUGAACAACCUCACAUCGCUAUCACAAAAAUCUAAAAAUUCAGGCCACUUGAAUUCCCAUAGAGAUAAUAAAAAAGAUUGGGCUAAUACCCCUUUAUAUGACGAAUACGAAAAGGUAGGAGUUACCUUGAAGAACUCCAAGUUCGAUCCCACAUUUACUUACAAAAAGACAAGCAAAAAGGGUGGAGUGGACUAUGAUUUCUACAACGAGGAAGAGGCUAAACAGGUCUAUGAAUUCGUACGUGGACGCUAUGAUAGCCAAAACUAUGAUAAAUCUAUUAAAUCUUUCUAUGAGAAAGCUCUUAACACCCUCUGAUGGAUCUAUGAAGACCAAAUGGAGUUAAAUACCUUCAAAAAAAUUCGAAUGAUGUAUAAAUAAGGUCGAUGUAGUAACCACUCUUAAGUUGCUACUCCGCUGACAGUUGAUUUACCUAGCCAGGAGAGAUAUAAUGAACAUUUUUGAGAGCAUUCGCUUGUUCAAAGUUCUCAAAACAAAGGCCAAGAAUUUGAUCAGUAGUCACAUAGAUUUUAAAGAAGAUGCUAAAAAUACCACUAAGCGGAUGCAAAGAGUCUGCAAAGAUCUUGAAGACUGCCAAGGAUCUUUGAUUCAAAACAUCGUCAAAUUCCUCAAAAACAACAAACUUUUUGAAAACAAGAUCUUCAUCUUUGAAGGCAAGGACUGGCUGACCUACUCCAUAAAGGAGUAUUACAAAAUUGCAGAGAAUGCCAAGAAGGUCGGAAUUAUCAUGAGAAAUGUCAAAGAUCUUGAUAAAUCAGGGGGUAUUUAGGCAAUCCUAGUUAUUUUCCAAC